GCUUUAAUUGGUGAAGUGAUGUACUGUACUGUGAUACUGUGCGAAGUUCCUAUCGUUUGUGCUGUGGAGAAGCCAUCAGGAGUAUGGGCAAUCCUGGACCUGACCCUGAAGCGGCCCCAUGGUUCAUCAGCUGGAAUACUGUUGCACAAUGCGGAUGAAGGAGUCCAGAUGGUUGAAUCAGUCACCCAGUGUUCUCCUGCUCAUGCUGCAGGACUCAAGAAGAAUGACAUCCUACUGGCUGUUAAUGGAACUUAUCUGCACUCUGGCCAUCAGGCUGCAAAACUUUUCACCACAAACAACAUUAAUGGUGAUAGCAAUAGUAUUCUCUUGAGGGUGAAGAGACUUAUUCUACCAGAAUCUAAAAAGGUGAGCUAGAUACAGCAUGCUUGUCUUACCUUGACCACAGCAAUGCAGAAUUAUGAGAGGAUGUAAGAGCAUCAGUAGUGUAAUUCCAAUUUGAAGUUAAAUUUUUUUCAUAUUUCUCAAUUUAUGCAGG